AGGAAGACCAUCCACCUAGCUACUCCUCCACCUAUGUGCUAAGCAGUGCUAAGCACCAGCAGCAUCAAUCAACAGCACAGGAGGUCACAUGGUUCUCCUGCGCAUGAGGGAGAUGAUGUUGGCCAGUCGAUUCGGCUCCCCCUCCUCAAACCACCUGAUGAACCGCUGGGCAGUGUACUUGACACCGGAGGCCACAGGGCAGUUGCCGUGUAACACGUCACUCUCGCUGAUUAUCAACAUCUGAAUGAAUGAAAUCACACAUACUGUGAGCAUGAAGUGCACUCGUUGCAUGCACCCUUCGUCUCCGUGUGUUGCUUGCUUGCUCACUCGCUCACUCACCGGGUCAUGGUUGAAGAAUAUGAGGGCCCUCCCUUGCCGAGGCUCGAUGCGGAGCGAUUCACUGUACUCACCGCAGAGAGCGUCGAGAGGCGGCAGGUACUCGUUGCCAAACAGGCUUAUCUCCCUGACAUCCCUUCCGUCGCCCUUGAUGCCCGCAGCACGCCGCAGCUCAGCACUGUCGACUCGUUUGGCGUAGGGGAAGACCAGCUCGCCGCCGCCGCUGUCGACCGACGAGAGGAACACGAGGACGGUAGCCACCCUGCCGGCCGUGAUGUUGCUAUCCUUGUGCAGUUUGUUCUCCCUCUCGUUGAUGUUGUUGUUCCACUCUGAGUGGCCGGCGGUGUACUUGACUACCUGUAUAGAGAAUUUAAUAAGUCUAACGUUGUUGAAGCAGAAAAGUUGGAUCUUCUUAAAUCAGACCUGGAACCGCUCGCCGUGAGAUGGGGGAUACAUAGUCAGCCGGUGCAUGCGGUCAAUGAGGGCGGCGGUCAGAUUGAGCCGCUCUGACAGAUUCACCUUGAAGGCCUCUCCUCUGCGGCCCUUGUGGUGGUGACUGCUGUUUGCAUGGGGAGCACUCUCUGCCUCCGCCAGAGCAAUAAGACGCCGACACUCCGCGCGCGAGAGAAAGCGUUCAACGAGGUAGAUGCGUGGGGCCUCGGAAACAAGCAGGGGCAGCGUCAGCUGGUUGGAUGUCAACUGCUGCCCGAGAUAGAAAGAACCAGCGGAGAUGAUGAGAGUGACGGUGCCGUAGAGCAGCACGGUGAGGUAGGGAUGCUGCGGUGACGAUGCAGAGCGGCGGCCCCGCGCCGCAUUGGCUCUCCUGAGCAGCGCAAUCCCCCCUCCGGCCGCAGCGAGGGACGAAAGGAAGGUGACCGCUGUCAACGAAACCAUCAAUCCUCGGAGAUCUGGGACAUUCUGCUGCCAUCUCGCAUCAGGCAGCAAGCUGUUGCUCCCUCUCCCCUUCUGGCAAGAUCUUCA